AUGAGCAUGAUGAAUAAGAUUAUGAAGCCUUACAAUGCAUUCAAGAAGAUGCCUAUGGAGUUGAAACCUCUAGCCAUUUUAAUUGGAACGGCGGGCUGCACAGCUAUAUUUACGAUGGGUUAUAAAUUGGUUGCUGAUCCAGAGAUACGCCGAAGACCCUCUUGGACAAUUCGAGAACAACAACAACGGGAUACAGUAUCUGGAAAUCGUCAACUCGCGGCUUGA